AUGGUGAAGUUCGUGUGCCCCGAGGGGAAACGCCGCCAGGGGCAGCUCUGCUUCCAAGCCCCCAAAGGCGCUGCUGACGGAGAGGACGGAACGUCAGGUGCUUCCGCGGAGCUGAAAGCGCUGAUUUCGAGCUUUCGCCCGAGCCUGACGCCCAAGGAGGUGCUCCACCUGGGCGCCUUCGGUGGAACCUACUUUAGGGACAUCGACUCCGCCGUCACGGGGAAAAGGCACAAGGAUGCUUGGAAGGAGUUGCCCAAGAGCUGGCUGAAGGGCUUGGACAUCCGGCGCCAGGUGGCUCGUGACUGGGAAGAUUACGAUGCUACCGUGAACCACUAUGGAGUGAAGUGCGGGAACACCUUGGAGGAGUGGGAAAACGCAGGGUGGAUGCAUCCGCAAGACCCGUAUGGCUGGUUCCAGUGGUACUGCCGCUUCUUUCAGGGGCGGCGAAGCGAGGACGACCCACGCCAGAUCAAGCGCUGGUUGAAGAUUUGCGGCCCGACAGGCCGAUGGAAAGGAAACCUCAUCGCCAAGUGCGUGAAGGCGAAUCGGGCCUACAAUGAUCCCAAGGUCUCUCCGGUGGUCCGGCAGUCCUUGCUGCACUGGGCCUAUGAGUUAACGGCCGCGGAUUUGCGAGAGAAGAAGAAGGAGAUCCUGCAAGGCAAAGGCGCUUAUGCCCUGCCACGUGCCGAGCUGUUCGAGGUGCACCGUCAGGACCACAUCAGCGAGCUCCGGGACGGUGUGCUCCGCGCGCUUGCUUUCACCGUGGUGGCGGUCGGAGUGUGCCUCUACUACUACAAGGAGCUCACGACUGCGCUGGAGUCGCCGGCGCAAUCGGGCGACUCGAUGGUGAAGUUUGUUCAGCUGGCGCCGGGGGAGUUCUUUUUCGUCUCGGUGAAGGUGGCCUUCUCCGUGGGCUUGUUGAUCGCCUUCCCAUAUGCACUCUUUGAGGCGGCCCUCUAUUUCACCCCGGCGCUCACCCGCAGUGAGCGCAACGUGGUGGGUCCCACGGUCCUCGCAUCAGCGUUGCUCUUCUACAGCGGCGCCUUGUUCUCCUACAGCGUCCUAUCUCCCGCUGCCCUGGGCUUUUUCCUAGGCUACUCUCAGGAUGUCAUUGAGAGCCAGUUUUCGAUCGACCAGUACUUCGAGUUCAUUUUGAGCAUGGGCUUUGCCACAGGCAUUGCCUUCCAAGUCCCCGUCUUACAGGUCGCUCUGGGCCUUCUGGGCGUGAUCGAUUCGCAGAAGCUCUUCGCAAUCUGGCGUUACGUGGUUGUGGGCAGCGCCAUCGUGGGUGCCAUCCUCACCCCCAGCACUGACCCAGUGACCCAGCUCCUGCUCUCGGGCGCUCUGUGUGCGCUGUACUUCGCGGGGGGCGCUGUCCUGAAAGCCCUGGGCCGGUAA